CGCAGCACAGCAGUGUGUUAGCUCUGACAUAUCAGCGGUGAUGAUUGUUCUAAAGUACAGAUAACCUGUAGCUACACAAAAUGACAGACUACGCUGAAGAGCAAAGGAAUGAACUGGAAGCCAUAGAGUCCAUCUAUCCAGACUCUUACACAGUGCUUUCAGAGGAUCCCAUCAGCUUCACCAUCACUGUAACAUCAGAUGCAGGGGAAAAUGGGGAAACUGUGGAAACAAUGUUAAAGUUCACGUAUGUAGAGAAAUAUCCAGAUGAGCCUCCACUGUGGGAGAUCCACUCCCAGGAGAAUCUGGAGGACAGUGAUGUGGAGGAUAUCCUCACUUUACUACAGCAACAGGCAGAGGAAAACCUGGGCAUGGUGAUGAUUUUCACUCUGGUGACAGCUGUGCAGGAGAAACUUAAUGAAAUUGUGGACAUGAUGAAAAACAGACGAGACGAGGAGAAGCAGCGGAAAGAGAGGGAGGCAGAGGAAGCAGAGAAGGUGGCUUUCCAGGGCACAGUGGUAACCAUUGAGAACUUCCUGGCAUGGAAAGCCACAUUUGACGUGGAGAUGAAUGAGCUGAGGAGGAAAAAACAGAAAGAAGAAGAGCAGAUUGGAAAACUCAAGCUCACUGGUAAAAAGCUGUUUGAGACAGACCACAACCUGGACACAUCUGACAUUCAGUUCCUUGAAGACGCUGGUAACAACGUUGAAGUGGAUGAGUCACUGUUCCAGGACAUUGAGGACUUGGACUUGGAUGAGGAUGACCCAGACUUUGAUCCUUUAGAGAUGGGCAGUGAUGAGGACUGACAGGACCACAGCUUCUGUCUGGAAAGUGAUCAUGUGAUCUGACAUGUUAAGAAGAUCCAACAGCUGCUUUUAUUUUUUAAGGACUCUUAACAGCAGUUGGAAGAGGAAUCUUCAUGAAUAAAACAUACACACAUGAGUGUUUAUUUCUAUGCCUGACAAAUUAAAUUGUCCAGAUUCA